AUCGUUAUCCCCAUACUUAUAGCAAUGACUGGCAAAGGUUUAUACACUAUGCUUACCAAAAACUACGAGACCCUCUCGCCAAUUACUAAGUUAGCUCCAAGGAUUAACAAUCCAAUGUCGUUCAGCACUAACAUUCUUAUUGUUGGUGGGGCUUAUUCGGGAUUAGCUGCUUUACGAGCAUUGAAAACUCACCUUUCCACCAAAUUGGGCACAGUUGACAACAAGAAGAAAAUCUCAAUUACAUUGGUGGAACCAAGAAAUGGGUUAUUAAACAUCUUGGGUAUUCCCAAGGCAAUUGUCAAUUCUGACUUUGCCCAAACUCAAUUCAUUCCAUUUAACGAGUUAAAAGAUUGUAAAUUUACUAGCGUAUUUAGUAACAACCAAGACGAGUUCACUCAAGAUUACUUUGUUGAAGACGAUGACAACUUUCAGUUGAAUUUUAUUCAUGGAGUGGUUACGUAUUUGGACAGCGGUAAGGCUCAAUAUAAGCUAAACAACAAUGACGAACUCGGAAUAGUUGCAUUUGAUUACGUCAUAAUGGCAUCAGGUAGAGACCGUAAAUGGCCGACUACCCCCAAGGCUCAAACUAAAGACGAGUUCAUUAAUGAAAUGAUCAAGUCAAGAAAAGACAUUGCUGCAAAUCAAAUAAUUAGCGUUAUUGGUGCUGGUGCUGUCGGUAUUGAAAUUGCUGGAGACAUUAAACUGGAAUUCCCCGAUAAGACUGUAAAUUUGAUUCACCCUCAUUCCGCAUUCCCAGCUGAGCCAUUAACUAAAGAAUUUAAACAGAUGAUUCAAAAUUCAUUAGAAAGAGCUGGUGUUAAUGUUUACUUAAACACCAGAAUUGCUAAAGAAGACGAGUCUGGUAAUUUAAUAACCACUGAUAAUAAAACAAUAACUUCAAAUUUCAACUUUUGGUGUACCGCCAAGAGAAACAACACUGGCAUAUUAUCCCAAGAUUUAAAGACAAAGUUUGUGUCUGAGAACAACAACAUUUUCAUCAAUGAAUACCUUCAAUUAGCCAACAGCAACAAUGACAAAAUUGACAAUUUCUUUGUUCUUGGUGAUUUAGUUGAAUUGCCGAUUAUCAAAUCCGCUGGUUGGGCAAUGUACAUGGGAAGACAAGUGGCUAACAACUUGUCCAGUUUAAUCUUUGAUGACAAAUUAAUUGAACCAUUCAUUGACUUAUCAAAAAUGGGGUAUGGUAUGGUGGUUAUUGGUGGUAAUGAAGAAAUAGUCAGUGAUUUACAAGGGAUUGUCGAAUUGAAUAACAAGGAUUACGUACAAGAGUAUAAGGAUUAUUGUCUUGGCAAAGUUAGAGCAACUUUGGAUUUGUAGGAAUUUUUUUUUGCAACUUUACGCUAUCAGCCACGAAAACGAAAACCACGCUCUUUUUCUAGACAUACCUAAUUCCAGGGGGCUCACUAGUUACUAUAUAGAUAAUAGAAUUUAUAUCAUG